AUGGAACGUGCAGUUGAGACAAUCACUGAAUCCGUGACAUAUCUUUCAGUCGUCGCAUGGCUGCUCGUUUUUUCGGAUGCAACUUUUAGCGUGUUGACACUUGCCGUUCUAGUAAAUGCAACUAUAAUCCCAGUCCUGGUGAAGUACCUUUACUACCCUGUUUCAAGAAGAUAUGCAAGUUAUCAGCAAAAAAACAUAAUGCACUUAAAACCUGAUUCUGAGCUAGGAGUUGUUGCAUGUGUUCAUAGACCUGAACAUGUCUCGGCCUUGGUCGAUGUGCUUGAUAUCACAUGCCCUACCAAAGAGAGUCCUAACAUUGUUUACGUCCUGCACCUGAUUGAACUAGUUGGUCGAGACUCUCCGGUCUUUAUUGCUCACCAAAAACACGAAAAUCGAGUUACCGGGAUCCUCGUCGACUGGAGGAGGAAAUUGUUGACUUCGUCGGCCUCAACCUACAAUGUUGGAAUUAUCUUCUUAGGUGGUAAAGACGAUCAGGAGGCUCUAACAUUAGUCAAACGAAUGGCUCGUGACCCUAGAGUUAACCUGACCGUGAUCCAUCUCAUUCCUGAUGAAAAUUGUCGGAAUGUCAUAGACUGGGACAGUAUGUUGGAUGCUGAGACAUUGAAAGAUAUCAAGCAAAAUGACGAUAGUCAUGGUUGCUGCGUAAAGUAUAUAAUACAAGUUUCAAAAGAUGGACAACAAUCAUCGAGGAUCAUUCAAUCGAUUGCAGGUGACUAUGAUUUGAUCAUUGUAGGUAGACGCUACGGUGUAGAUUCGGUCCAAACAAUAGGUUUAUCAGAAUGGAGCGAGUUUCCUGAGCUAGGGGUCAUCGGAGACCUUCUUGAAUCCAUAGAUAUUAGUAGCAGGGCAUCUAUUCUAGUUGUGCAACAACAUAAUUAUGUAGAUUAG